AUGCGUGGGGAAGAGGGGGAGAGGGAAGUGGUGGUGGUGUUGACGUGUGCCACGAGCCCUGACCCGGGAAUGAAUGGUGACCUCUCAGAUACACAGGACAGCCGGUCGAGUGUCGGUUCCGGCGAUUUGGGUCCCGAAGACGACAAUAGUUUAGACUCCGAUAAAGCGUUGAAUUUGGCCAUGGAUGACGAGCCGAUCGACGCCACCGUAGGCUUAGCUCACAAUAACAUUACAUUUAAUAAUAGUAUCAAUCGUUUGGACAAAACCCUAAUGACUCCGAACGGAAGGGACGGUAAGUUGACGUCCAGUCGGAGUCCCAACAAAUUCACGUCAAACGACGGCCGCAAUGGCGGCAGUAAUAACGGACUGAUCGGCGGUCAGCAGACGGGCGCCGGUGCCGGAGCUCAGCCCCAACUGUCGCCCAACAGUUUCGCUACGGCGGCCGCCGCGUUGGCCACCGCCGCAGCCACUAAUGGCAUGUCUGUUAACCAAUUACUCGGACAGCUGAUGGCACAGGCGGGUCAGCAGCAAAUGCUACUACAGGCCGGUUUAGCUCAACAGAUACAACAGGCCUCAAAGAUGACCGAUUUGGAAGAGUUGGAACAGUUCGCCAAGACUUUCAAACAGAGGCGGAUUAAGUUGGGUUUCACUCAGGGCGACGUCGGUCUAGCGAUGGGUAAACUAUACGGCAAUGACUUCUCGCAGACAACGAUCAGCCGUUUCGAGGCGUUGAACCUCUCCUUCAAAAACAUGUGUAAAUUGAAACCACUGUUACAGCGAUGGCUGGAGGACGCGGACGCCUCG